AUGGCUGGCGAAUGUUCGAGGGAGAUGGCCGGUUAUCCUUCUGUGUUGACAGCCGCAGCCCUGAAUUGCGAUGUUCCGAUUAUGGGACCACUCUUACGCGCUGGUACAAACAUGAAUGCCAAAUUCUUUUACGAAGGGAGACCAUGCCAUGUCGUGGAAUAUGCCGCACUCAUCAACCACAUUCCCAUGAUGCGGCUCCUGAUUUCUUACGGCGCACUCAUCAUUUUCAGGCCCAGGGAUGGGUUCGAGGACCCGCUGGUUAUUUCUAUCUUGCAGAGAAAUAUUGAGAUGAUGAGGAUGCUUCUGGAUUGUGGCUACCCGGCGGGUUUUCCAGACGAGAGAUUUAGUCUCCGUGAGAGCACGAUUGAUGACGAGGUUUUGAAUGUGCUCAAUGAAUACAAGGCAGCUCAUUGGUUCGAACUGUAA